AUGGGAAACUGCACAUCACAAUGCUUUGGAAAGCGUAAUAAAGGAGGGUACACUCUUGGCGGUGGGAAUAAAACUGAGGUUGCUUCUAGCUCUUAUCCAUUACAGACAGAAGCUGCUUUGGCUGCUGAACGGAGAGCUGAACAGGCGAAAACUCGCGGUGUCCAAAAAGGCGGAGGAAAAUUGAGUAAAAAGUUAGAGGAGCAACAAAAAUCUGCUAACAAAUUCGAUGAGAAACCUUCUAACGAUAAUCUCCAGUGGCGAGUUGAUUAG